AGCUGUCAAUGUCAAAGAAAAAUAUUAAGAUUAUUUUUUCGCACUUUUAACAUACGUGGUCCAGUUAUAUAUUAGCACAGUAAAAUUUCAUUUAAAUGGAAAGAAUUUUUAAUUAUGCGAGCUUAUCAUUCUCGUACGUGUCAUUUGUACUACAUUGUACUACACAUACGAAUCGGUGUUUAAUUCAAAGAUAAAUUCGUGUUUUUCGGUUACAGCCGCUCUCUACAUUUUAUAUGCAAGUUGAUAACAAAAAAGUGUUGUUAAAAUUUUGUGGUUGUAAAUAUAAGUUCGUAACGUGGACGAUGUGUUAUUAGUUUCAAUCAGCCGACGGUUUUUUUAUUUGGGCAGUGUUGAGGAAGUGAUAAAGUUUGUUGAUAGUUUUGUUAUUAGACAAUAGGGACAAUAGGUUAAUAAGCAAGUGAUGUCACAAACGUUUCUUCUACUGUUUGGCUGGUGUUGUUUGUUCGCUGUACAUAAUGCUAAUGCCUACUUCCAUACCGAGAAACAGAACGAAAAUGGGAAGAACUGUUUUUGCGAGCUGAAAGGCUCCAUAAACGACUGCAGCUGUAACGUUGACACGGUGGAUUAUUUUAAUAAUAAUCGGAUCACACCGCGUCUGAAAAGCUUGCUGGUUAAGGACUAUUUUCGAUUCUACAAAGUCAAUUUGAAGAAAGACUGUCCGUUUUGGAACGAUGAUGACAGCAAAUGUGCAAUGCGUUUUUGUUCGGUGCAUCCGUGCGAGGACAAAGACAUACCGGAAGGAUUAAAGGGUCAAUAUAAAAUGGAAAAAUCGUUCUAUAAGUAUUCUGACGAAAGUCAAACCUCCGAUUGUAAUGAGGACUUGAAUGCGGAAUUGAGCUAUCUGAACACCAGCAUCAGUCAACAAGCCCAAUUAGAUUUCGAGAAAUGGGCCGACUAUGACGAAUUGGGCGAAAAUUACUGCAUUCUCGACGACCACGAAGACGGUGCCGAGUAUGUGGAUCUGUUGCUGAAUCCAGAACGUUAUACCGGUUACCGUGGCGAUUCGGCGCAUCGAAUUUGGCGCAGCAUUUAUUUGGAAAAUUGCUUCGGCGACAAUAAGCAAGGCCAAUCGAUAUUGACGCCGAUGGGCAAGAAUCCGUACAACGGUCUGUGUAUGGAACAACGUGCAUUCUAUCGAUUAAUUUCCGGCAUGCACACCAGCAUUAACAUUCAUUUGUCUGCCAAUUUUUUACAAUCCGAACCGACGGAUUUUGUCACUCCGACUGGAACUUGGGGCCGAAAUUUGAAAGAAUUCAACGGAAGAUUUAGUCCAGAAGCCACCGACAAUCAGGGACCACAUUGGCUGAAAAAUCUUUAUUUCAUUUACAUCAUCGAACUGAGGGCCCUGGCUAAGGCUGCGUCCUAUCUAAGGCAAGAGCCUUUUUUUACUGGCUCCGAAGAAGAAGAUCGCGAAGUUCGAGCUGCCGUUAACGAUCUGCUCAACAUUAUCGAAUCAUUUCCCACCCAUUUCAAUGAGACUCUGAUGUUCACUGGUGGAUUCGAGUCCCUGAAAUUGAAAUCGACUUUCCGUGAGAAAUUCCGUAACAUUUCCAAAAUUAUGGACUGCGUUGGAUGUGAUAAAUGUCGGCUGUGGGGAAAGUUACAGGUACAAGGCCUAGGUACAGCGCUGAAAAUUCUCUUCUCUGGAAAGUUUGACACCAAAAUCAAGCAAACAGACGAAGACAACGACAAAUUAAAGCUUCGAAGAGGUGAAAUAGUGUCCUUGUUCAACGCUUUCGGCAGACUGUCCAACAGCAUAAACGAAUUGGAAGAGUUCCGCAAAAUAAUGAGGUAGGUAGCACUCAAUAUUUCUAGUUGACUAAACAGCCAAACAAGAAAGUCAAUUAUUUUGGUCAACCAAAUCAACUAAGUUCAGAAAAGUGACAAAAAAAAAUGAAAUUGAAAUCAACGGACAAAACAACACAAAUUACGAAAUCGAAAAGUUCGAUCCAAUCAAAGAUUGAAAAAGAUAAAAAAGGACGCAAAAGUAGAAAAUUCAGUUUUUCGUUAAACGAAAACCCAAACCAUUGCUUACUCCUAUAACGUGUGUGUGAUUAGUUAAACAAUUUUUUUUACAUUAGAAGUGUGUAAAAAUGGAAAUGACUUUAUACCAAGGCAUAACGUGUAGAUGUUUUGCGGGCAGCUUGGUUAGUUCAAACAAAAUGAAAUCCACUUUAAACAUCACAGAGAAAAUAGUUUGUAAGAAAUUUUAGACGAAUUUAUAUUAAAACUACCGAAGAAUGUUAAAGUAAAAAAAAAAUA